CUUCCUGUCUUCUCCUCCGUCAGCUGCUGCGUCUCCUCCUCCGCUAGCUUAGCCUGCUAGCUCGCAGCAGCUGCAGUGCAGGUAAACAUGGCCAUGUCGCAGGCUCUCUCCGAGGAGGAGUUCCACCGGAUGCAGGCCCAGCUGUUGGAGCUGCGGACUCAGAACUACCAGCUGUCUGACGAUCUCAGGAAGAACUCGGCAGAACUGAACGCCGUCCGUCAGAAGAAUGUGGUUUUGGAAAGAGAUUUUACCAAAGCACAGAAGGCUGUGAAUAAGAGCAAGAAAGCUCAGGAGGUGGACGCCUUGCUGAGUGAGAAUGAGAUGCUUCAGGGGAAACUCCACAGUCAGGAGGAAGAUUUCAGACUACAGAACAGCACUCUGAUGACCGAACUCUCCAAGUUGUGUACUCAGAUCGAGCAGCUGGAGCAGGAGAACCAGCGCCUGAAGAAGGAAGGAGGAGCAGCAUCUGCAUCCACCCCCCCACCUAACCCUGUUUCUAGCCCCAUGGAUGGAGAGCUGCUCCGCCUCCAAGCAGAAAACUCCACCCUCCAGAAGAAAAUGAAGGCCCUCCAGGAGCGCUUCGACAAGGAGCUGCAGAGGCAGGCAAAUGUUCACGGCAGCCAGGGCGCUGCCACGGAGACUGACGGGUCAGCUGGCACCAACGGAGUCUCUGAUGUCACAGGGAUGGGGGAGGAGUCAUUGCCAGGGGGAACCAAUGAGAGACUGGAGCAGACGGAGGCUGAGCUGCAGCAGACGGAGAAACAGCUACACGGCCUGUCAGAGAAGAGCGUAGAGAAGAUUGUAGCUAAGCAGGCAGCGCUAGGCUGGUCGGCUGCUCUCUGUCCAAUAACUCACUGCUUUGGACCAGAGCUGGAGAUGGCCCUGAACACCGAGCAGGAGGAGAAGAGGCUGCUGAAGGAGCAGAUCCACACCCUGGAGGCGUCCAAACAGGCCGAAAUCACCAAACUGCAGGAAGAAAUAACAAAGCUGUCCGACAAACUAAAGAAGAAGCAGGAGAGUUUCCAGCAUCUGCAGACAGAAAAGGAGGCUCUGUACAACGACAGCAGGACAAAGAUCGAUGAGAUCAACCAAAGGAAAGAAGAAGAGCUGAAGGCCAUGAACAUCCGUAUCCAGAAGCUGCAGACAGACCUCAUGGCAGCCAAUCAGACGGCAGCAGAGCUGAGAGAGCAGCUGCAGAGCAGAGAGCGAGAACACGAGGUGGCUCUGCACACGCUGAAAGACGAGGUAGCCAGUCAGAGUGCAGUCAGUCAGGAACAGGUGGACAGCAUCCUGCAGGAGAAUGAUGCUCUGAGGACAAACCUAGCUGCUCUAGAACAGAUCCAGACGGUGAAGACGCAGGAGAUGAACCUGUUGCGAGAGCAGCAGGAAGCGCUGACGUCUGAGCUGCAGCAAAGACGAACCGAGCAGGAGAGUCUGCUGGCUCAGAGAGACGACCUCAACUCCCAGCUGCAGGAGUCGAGUUUUGCCAACAGGAAGUUGUUGGAACAGUUAACAGAAGAAGGACAAGAGAAGGACAAACUGCUGAGAGAGCUGGACGAGGCUAAGAAGACAGCAGAGAAGAGGAAGGCCAUGCUGGAUGAAAUGGCCAUGCAGCUGAACCAAGAGAAGUCUGACCACAAGGAGGCGCUGUCAGACCUCAAACUACAGCACGAGAAGGAGGUUCUCGCAGUGAGGGCUCGAUACGAGAAGGAGCUCAGAGGACUUCACGAAGACAAGAAUCGCUCCGAGGAGGAAAUCCGACAGCAGCUUAGAGAUGAAAAGGCCCGGACGAAGGAGCUGGAGGGUUUACAGCUGCGAGUGGAUGAGCUGCUGGGUCAGGUUCAGUCCAUGGAGGGAGCCAAAGGAUGGUUCGAGAGACGACUCAAGGAGGCGGAGGAGAACAUGGAGAAAAACUCUCUGCAACACCAGGAGGAAAUCGAGCAGCUGCAGAAAGAACACAAACUUCAGCUGGCGGAGAAGCAGGCAGAGAUGGAGCGAUUGAAGCAGCAGAUGGUGGAGGUGGAGAAACAGAGGGACGAACACGGGGACACCAUCGGGAAACUCAAACAGGAGAUAAAGGACACCGUGGACGGUCAGAGGAUUCUGGAGAAGAAAGGAAGCGCAGCGCUGAAAGAUUUGAAGCGGCAGCUGCAGCUGGAGAGGAAGCGAGCGGACAAGCUGCAGGAGAGGCUCCAGGAGAUUCUGACCAACAGCAAAACCAGGACAGGGUUGGAGGAGCUCGUUCUGUCAGAGAUCAACAGUCCGAGUCGGACUCAGCAGACAGGAGACUCGUCCUCCGUGUCCUCUUUCUCCUACAAAGACAUGAUGAAGGAGUCUCAGCAGACCAAUCAGAACAAGUCUGGAGGAGGCAGCCCUCAGUCCCAGCGCCCUGCUGAAUUAUCCGAUGACGAGGUUGGAGAGCUGUUCCAGCGGCUCGCUGAGGUUCAGCAGGAGAAAUGGAUGCUGGAAGAGAAGGUGAAACAUCUGGAGGUGAGCUGUUCGUCAAUGGCUGAAGACAUCUGCAGGAAGAGCGCCAUCAUAGAGACGUACGUGAUGGACAGCCGCAGAGACGUGUCAGGCAGCACGGUCGGAGGUCACGGAGGCUCCCAGGGAGACCGAGGAGGUCUGGGUUCAGUCCUAAGAGAGCUGGUGAAACCAGGAGAUGAGAAUCUGAGAGAGAUGAACAAGAAGCUGCAGAACAUGUUGGAGGAGCAGCUGACCAAGAACAUGCACCUGCAGAAGGACCUGGAGCUUUUGUCCCAGGAAUUAGUCCGUCUCAGUAAAGAGAGCAGUCCCGGUAGCAGCGCUGCUGGGUCAGGAUGAGGCUAUCAUCUGGAUUCAAUCCAUCCAGUUCCCUCCAUCUUACUACUAUAAUUCACCUAAACUGGAAGGUGUUGGUCGGGCUCAGGCUAACACCUGGAACCAGGUUGUGUUUUUUUUUCCCCCUUUCCUCCUCUGUCUGCGCUAAGACCUGUUGUGGGCUCUCACUACUGCCUGAAGCGGUCCACCAGUUCAGCCUGCCUCCUAGGCUGUGACUAAGUGCUGAAAUAAGUCCAUUUCAUGCUUGUCAGUGUGGAGGAAGCAGUAAGUUUUAAAGACAGAGAAGAAGAAGCUGAACGGAAACACCGAGGAUGUGUAAAUCUGACCUCAAUUCAUGUACGUCUCUGUUGAAUGUACUGUAAUUAGACUGCACCACUCACAUUCCUCGGAGUCCUGGCUACGACCUGGAAAGCUCACAUUGUAACAGACCUUGUGCUUUCUGUUGUACUUGUAAAUCUUUGCUUUCAUUGGUUUCUGCUGUGUGUAUUAACACUGAUGUCUGUCUGUCAGGGCCUGGUUAUGUCCUGAAGGGCAUUUAUCUUAACUGACACUGGUUCCUGUAUGCAGUAACUCUGUUGUGAUCUGGCUGUGUCCUGUCUGCUAAAGAACCACACAUUACUGAGUAUGUGGGCUCUGUCUAUGACCUGGAUUAUCAGAAUUGCUGUUUGUUACCGACUGUAUUUUUAGUUCAGGAUUCUUUUUUUUUUUUUUUUUUUUCUGGCAGUUUGAUCAGGUGAUAAACUGUCAUCACGACACCUGAGCGAAACAACCCCCCCCCCCCCAUUUGAGAAUUUUAUUCUGAAAGCUCAGUUAGCUGCUGCCUGUCUUGUGUUUCCUGCCUGCACGCUGGUCAGGUCUUUAUAUCAGUGGGUGAUGUCAUAGUGUCUACGACCAUCUCGCCAGGGGCGGAGCUCCAGAGCAGAACAUGGACUACAGCUCAUCAGAGACUCUGAAGCACCUCAAAGACCACAGACCCCAGGACAGGAAACCAGGCUGAGGCUAGCUGGUUAGCCGCAACUGAACUUUCAAAAUAAAAUAAUUUACAUUUGGCCUCUUUAAGCAGUUUCAACCAGAAAAAAUAUUUGACAGGAAAUCCAGCAGUCGUUGCAGCUUUAAUCUUGUUUUCUUUGGUCAAACUAAAGUUUUGCAGCUUUGGACGAAGUUGCAGUUAAACUGACACUGAAUUAAAAACUCCUAUUUUAAGCUUGUUUUCCAAAAUAAGUUUAAUUCAUAGGGAAAACCUGUUUGAUUCAACAGACAUGACAUCUAACAAAGCUGCUGAUCAGAAUCGCCUUCUGUCUGUGUUGGGCUGUGGCUACGUCCAGGAGUUCUCAGUGUGAAGUGUCUUAGGCGUCGCAGGUAAUCUGUGCGGCCGUUUUGCAUCUCAGCUUUUAUUUAUUGCUUUCAUGCAGUUUGGGAUCCAAAUUGGUCUCCUGUGUGUUUCAGCGCCUUUCACCAAAAGAAUCUCAUUAAAAUUCAUCAGGGAUAGCAAAUGGCUCUGGGUCUAGGCUAUUAGCUGGAUUUUAAGACACAGUUUCAGUUCUCAAACCCAGUGUGGUGGUUGUUUGAUGGUUGUUUGGUGUUUUGAUGGAUUUUAUUCUAAACUAAAACACUAAAAAUAUUAAAAUAUCAAAUUUGCUGACAGCUUUUUUUCUUUUAGUCACUGAGACUAUUUUGGAUGUGUGAACGUAAAAGUUGUUUUAAAAUCAUCCGCUGAUGGGGAAAAAACACCCAAAGAAGAAACAUUUGUGCGCAGCUUCACGCAACCUGGGAUGCAAAAUGGCACAACAAAAGCUAAAUGACUGUCUGCUGUGGGCUAUGACUGUCUGCUGUGGGCUAUGACUGUCUGCUGUGGGCUGUCUGUAUAUUUCUUGCACUAUUAUCAGUUUGUUUGUGUAUACUUCCAUCCUGACCGGGACACCAAAUGGCACACAUGAAAGAAAAAGUUUUUGUUGCAUUUCUGCAGUUUGACUUCAUACAUUUUUUUUUUUUGGUCUGGGGCAGGUCUAUUUCCUGCUCUAAAAAUAGUGUUUAAUAAUGGUGACUGUAUCCAUUUCUGUUUGGUGAAAAUCUGACAGACUUUCACAGGAAGUGACAGACAAACACUUCUUGUUUGCUUUGCCUUUGUUUCUUCUUCUGGACUCUGGAUCAUUGGCCUUGACUACGCCUUGGAUUACAGUCUGCACCAGGCUAGCUCCAUCUCAUUGGGCUGCGAUUAUAUCCUGGACAUUAUGCUUGUAACUGAUCUUGUGUUUUAUGUUGUCACUGCCUGUAUAUUGCUGCUGUAUUCUUUUCUCUUUUUUUUUUUUUGUACACUGCAGCACAUAUCCAGCACCACCUGGUGUUAGGAGUUUAAAAAUUCAACACGUGGGAGGAAAACUCAGAGCUGUUUUUGGUGCAGCUUUAAGGACUUUUAAGUCUUAAGCUCAAGGGCGUUUAAACCAAACUUUAAACAACUGAAACUAUCCCUAAAAUGAUGACGUAUCAGUUAAACUGCACCAAAAACAUCAUUUUUUUUUCUCUGCUUCAAAGAUGGCACUAAACUGAUCGAGUGGGAUUGGUCUACGUGCUGGACAGGGACUCGCGUUUGUUUUUGUUUGUAAUGUUUAAAUAUGUACAUACACGCUGCGAUAUGACUUCUAACUAUAUGAAAAAUCAACUGAUCUAUUUAUGAGGCUGAUGAUGAUCAUGACGCUAAUUAUUGUAACUAUGAGGAAAUGUGAUAAAAAUGCUGUCUGAAGA